AGUUUACCAACCUUCUAAAAACAAAUUCUCUACUUCUUUUUAGUUGUUGACAGCGUACACGCAAAAAUGGCAAAGCUAAAGUGUUCGGAACUUAGGACGAAGGACAAAAAGGACCUUCAAAAACAAUUAACCGACCUUAAGACCGAAUUAACAAAUCUUCGUGUCGCUAAAGUUACUGGAGGAGCUCCUUCAAAAUUAUCCAAGAUUCGUUCUGUGCGAAAAGCAAUUGCCCGUGUGAUGAUUGUUAUGCACACAAAACAAAAGGAGAAUGUAAAGAAAUAUUAUAAAGAUAAGAAAUACAAGCCUUUGGACAUCAGACCAAAAAAGACGCGUGCUAUGAGAAGGGCUUUAUCUCAGCAUGAAUUACGCAUUAAAACAGCCAAGGAAAUCCGUAAAAAAUCCAUUUAUCCACCAAGGAAAUUUGCAUUGAAAGCAUAAGUUUGUUAUAAUAAACAAUAAAAAAAAUAUUUAAAAUAU